GGCUCAAGAGGGUGGAGAGGGGUCUGGGAGAAGCCAUGGCGCCCAUCGAGAGCGCAGGCGAUGGGGCGUUCGCUGAGGGGGCGAGCUGCGUGACCUUGAGAAUGGUCCCCAUCCGCGAGGAGGAGUGUCUCUCCAGCAAGCUCCUGGGUCAUCUCGCUGCAGGGAUUCCCGUCAAGGUGUUGCGAGCUGCAGAGACAAAGCCUGGGGAGAUGCGCCGCGCGCUGGUGGAGCCCGCGACUGGGCCCAAAGGCUGGAUCACUCUCAGCACCACUGGCCAAGCCAUGGUCGGCCCUGAGACGAAGAAGGCUGGCCUGAGCUCUUUGGAUCAGGUGAAGGAAGGCGCUCAGCUGGAGACGCUUCGGCUGCUGCCUGUCCGCGCGGGAGAGGCUUUGAGCAGUCAGUACAUAGGGCAGCUACAGCCACGAGCCAGGAUAACAGUCCUGGAAAUUGUCAGCGCGCAUGUUCCAAGUUCCCUGAGGACAAACACUUUGCAGAGGCGCGCGAGGAUUUCGUGCCAGGCCGAGCAGUUGGAGGGCUGGGUCAGCUUGUCGGACUCCAAGGGCUUGAUGCUGGUGAGGAUGGCUACCACAGACCAGCGGCGGAACUCAAAAGCCAUCCCUGUGCCCUUGGAUCACUCCGACACCUUUUCACUGAAGAAGAAGAGAGAUACCGCAAUGGGCCUGCUGGCAUCUGCCAGGUCCGGCGAUUUUUCCAAAUUCCAGGAGAUUGCGGAGGCUCAAAUUCAGAUGCAAGAUAGUGAUGACCUGUCGCCGACAUCACCCACGUCGCCUGCAUCUCCUGCAAGGCGGCGUGACAAUCUGGAUUGCUGUGAUGCUCGUGGACGAACUCCUUUGAUGUAUGCUUCGGCCUUCGGCAACUUGUCCAUUGUGGAAUACUUGCUUAAGAAGGGCGAGGUGUAUGUGAAUGCCAUGGACGACACUCAAAAGACUGCACUGCACCAUGCUGCCAAGCAUUGUCAGGCAGAGAUCAUGCAGCAGCUGCUUGGGGCUGGCGCCAUGAGUGAAGCUCGAGACCACAAUGGAUGCACGGCGUUGAUGUUUGCUGCUGGAACCGGUGAUGCCGAAGGAUUACAAGUUCUCCUGGACAAGCAAGCCAAUCCAAAUGCUUUAGACUAUCAGGGGAACAGUGCGCUCACUUAUGCGCAAGACUUCAACCACAUGAAGGUCGUAGAGAAGCUCAUUGCAGCUGGAGCGGUCGAUUUGGAGGAAGAUGCGCAAUCGGCCGCUGUCAGGAACAGAAAGAAGCGAGUCAGGACUGAGACUGUCAAACAAGCUGACCUCGAAGUGGCAGCUUCGUUGGCCGUGCAGCUGGCCGAGCCAGGUCUCUCCGAGGAGGAGGAGCGGCGCCAGGCGGCCGAGGCACGGCUGACGGCCGUCCUCGAUAGCGGCAGCAUGGUGCGAGACCUCGAGGCUGCCCUCGAAAGUGCCAAACAGGCGCAGGUGGAUCAAGACUUGAUGGCAAGGGCUUCAGAGCGGCUCAAGCAGCUGAAGGAGCGGGACGAUGCCUUCGACCACCUGCUGGAAAAGAUCGACGAGCCCGAUAGAUUUCUCGCGUCGGAUGUCUCGGAUGCCAGGAUUCAGCGGAACGGCAGCCGCAACCCAGAGGGCCUCCAAGGCUUGCAAGAGGCCUUGCAGAGGGCAAGGGAAACAGGUGUGGCUGAGAAGGAGCUGCAGCGCGGUCAAGAUGUGCUGGAUCAGGAAAUGCCCCGGGCCAAGGCGCGGCAGCUGCUGCGGGAGGCCGAGGAGGAGAGUGACCCCAGCGCCCUCCGCAAUGCCAUUGCCAUCGCAACAACUGCCAAUCUCCCGGUUCAAGAGCUCGCACCCUUCGAGGAGCUGCUUCGUGGAGCGGAGUCGAAGGAGGCGGCAGAGGCAGCGUUGAAGAAGGCGAAGGAGUCGAGGGAUGUGGCGCUGCUGAAGUUUGCUCUCCAGCAGGCCAAGGAAGCCGGUGUGGAUGCCACGGCCAUCAGCGAUGCAGAGCAGGUCCUUAAAGUGGAGGGGCCGAAGCACGAAGCCCGCGAGCUGCUCAAAACGCAGUUGGAGAAGGUUCAAGGUUCCGGAGACCAUGGCCCAUCCUUGGAAGACCUGAACGUGUUGGAGCAGGCCAUAGAAAAGGGCAAGGAGGUUCAGCUCGAGGAGACAGAGUAUGCACGUGCCAAGGAGGUGUUGGCCCAGGAGCAGCAAAGAGCCAUGUGCAGGGCCGAGGUGGCCAAAGUGCUUGAAAAAGUUCAAGAAGUUGACAAGUCAAGCAUGGAGGCAGUGGAAAUGGCGAAGGAGGAGCUGAGCAACGCUCUCAUUGCCGCCAAGGCAGUGGAUGUCCCUUCUGCUGCCCUCCGCCAAGCAGAUGCCUUCCGAAGGAGGCUGCACAAUACUCUCGAAGACCUGAGGGGGUCGAUCCGGGUUUUCUGCCGCAUGCGACCAUUAAGUCAGCGAGAGAAGGACCUGAAGAAUACUGACGUCUCACAGCUGGUUGACUCCAUGACAGUGGAACUGCAGAGACCUGCCGUUGGGAGCUUCCCCAACGAGCCGGAUCAGUUCAACUUCGACGCCGUGUUCAAGCCAGGGACACAGGCGGAGGUCUUUGACACGUGCAAGGACUUGGUGCAGUCCGCCAUCGAUGGAUACAAUGUUGCGAUGUUUGCGUAUGGGCAGACCGGCGCUGGAAAGACCUACACCAUGUACGGUGGGAAGGGUGAUGGCGAGGGCACAGCUCCCAGGACGAUCGCCGAACUGUACCGCUUGCUGAAGCAGGAAGAAGACCGAGUGCAGUUUACGAUUAUGGCCUCCAUGAUGGAGCUCUAUCGCAAUGAGCUUGUGGACCUACUGACACAAAAGGGUGGGCCGAAGCGGAAGAGUCAAACACCUGGGUCAGCGACCGUGGAGCAAAAGCUGAACGUCCGGACAGAUCAGAAUGGCGCCGUCCAAAUAGAGCACUUGUCUGAGGAGGAGUGCAAGACUGCUCAGGCCUUGUCCGACCUCUUGGAGCGAGGGAACCAGAUGCGAACGGUAUGUGCCACCAAGAUGAACAGCGAGAGUUCGCGCUCCCACCUGAUCCUCACGAUCCGAGUUGUUGGAGUGAACAAGCAGACGGGGCAGAAGUUGAGUGGCAAGAUCCUCCUAUGCGACUUAGCCGGCUCAGAGCGUUUGAAGAAGUCGGAUGUCUCUGGUGAAGCACAGAAAGAGGCCAUCGAGAUCAACAAGUCUUUGACAGCGCUCGGGGACGUUAUGGAAGCGCUCGUGAAAGGCUCUGCACACGUGCCGUACAAGAACCACAAGCUGACCCAGGUAAUGUCUGAUGCCUUGGGUGGAACGUCGAAGACGCUGAUGUUUGUGAACUGCUCGCCCGCCAGCUCCAAUUUCGAGGAGACCCUCAUGACGCUGAAGUUUGCGACUCGUGCAAAGAAUAUCACGAACGAUGUCAAGCGAAAGAUGAUUGCCAAAGGGAAGUCAAUGCCAAAGGCAUGAGAUGGCAUGAGCGCUGAUUACGAGUGACAGGCUGGCCAUUGCCUCCGUUAGAGAGAACAAUUUCCAGCCUGACAUUCGGAG